UACAUUCUCUGGCGGGCAACCCGUAUUGGGCUGGCAACGGGGGGCUCCAAGCACUACUUUACCCACAAAACGAGAACAGAUCUAUUCGAUUCUCUCAAAUUGCCUUCAAACGAAACGGACCCAAAUUCCAAUUCGUGGAUCUCGAUCUUGAAAUCUUAAUCCCUCUGUCUGUGCUCGAGAGAUCCCGUGGGAAUCGAAUUCCAUCGGAUCUCCGAUAUGGCGAAGGAAUUCAACGUUCCGCCGGUGGUUUUUCCCUCCGGCGGAAACCCGGACCAACAGCGGCGGCUUCCCACUGCGCCAUUCCAGCCGCCGCGCCCCAGCAUCCCAUUCAUGUCGUUCGACGUCGGCUCAGCCGCCGCGGCGUCCACUUCCUUCUCCGCUCCGCAGUUUGGCGGCAACCCCGCUGGACUCGGACCCGGCUUCGAGGACGAGCCGCCGCUCCUCGAAGAGCUCGGAAUCAACACGAGGCAGAUUUGGAGCAAAACGGUUUCGAUUUUGAACCCUUUCAGAGUAAACUCACAAUUGCAUGAAGACGGCGAUUUAUCCGGCCCGUUUCUUUUCUUGAUGUCAUUCGGAUUGUUCCAAUUGCUCGCCGGGAAGCUCCAUUUCGGGAUCGUUCUUGGAUGGGUAACCAUGGCGUCUUUGUUCCUUUACGUGGUUUUCAAUAUGUUGGCCGGUCGGAACGGGAAUUUGGAUAUGUACCGGUGUUUCAGCCUGAUCGGAUACUGUAUGUUACCGAUGGUGAUCUUGUCGGCGACGGCGCUGUUCCUUCCUCAAGGCGGAGUCGUGAUUUUCGCCAUGGCCGGGCUUUUCGUGAUAUGGUCGACGCGGAUUUGCGCGAGGCUUCUGGUUGAGCUUGCUUCGUAUGGCGAUGAGCACCGUGGGUUGAUUGCGUAUGCUUGUUUCUUGAUUUACACGCUUUUCUCCUUGCUAGUGAUUUUCUGAGCUGAACAGUACUGCUAUAGAUGAAUUAGCUUGCAAUUGUAUUCUCAUGAUUUGUAGGGCUUGCAAUUUCAUCUUCUUUAAUUUUCAGGGUUCCAUAUUAAACAGAUCUAUUGUUCAACAUUGAAUGAUUCUUUCUUUGCUAAAUGAACAAGAUGUUUAUAUGUA